UCGUGGUCGUGGCCGGCCGGCGGGUCCCCGUGCGCCGCGGCGAGACGCAGUUCGCACGAGGCCCACUUCGUCGGGGCGGCGCCCGAUAUGUUAAACAAAAGCUCACGUUCUUCGCAAGCGAUGAUCCGUGAUCGUGACCCGAGCCCCAUCUCCGAUCCACGGCUACUACGCGCGCUCGCGAGGCAUAAAUCGGAGCACCUGCAGAUCGGAGCAAUUGCGAGCUCGAAACACACAGCUACCUGGUGCUGGAAGGCUGGAACGAUCCGAGGAUCAGCUGUGCGCAUGGCUUCCUCUAGACCGGCGAUGACAGCUGCGACGACGACGGCGAAGCCGGCGGCCGCGGGGACUGGCGGCAGGAGGCGGUACGCGCUGCUGCUGGCGCUGUGGGACUCGGAGUACGCCAGCAAGGUGUACGGCGGGUACUACAGCGUCUUCGUCGCCGCGUUCGGCGGCAGCGGCGCUGCCGGGGAGGAGGGCGGCGAGAGGUGGGACUGCUUCCGCGUGAUCGCCGGCGAGUUCCCGGCGCCGGAGGACCUGGCGUCGUACGACGGCUUCGUGGUCAGCGGCAGCCCGCACGACGCGUACGGCGACGACCCCUGGGUCGCCCGCCUCUGCGCGCUCAUCCAGACGCUCCACGCUAUGGAGAAGCGGGUCCUCGGCAUCUGCUUCGGACACCAAGUCUUGUGCCGGGCGUUAGGGGGCAAGAUCGGCAAGGCGCGGAAUGGAUGGGACGUCGGGGUGAAGAAGGUGACCUUCGCGCAAGAUUUGAAGGGCUUCGAGUUCCUCGGAGGUCUCGGUGAGCUUCCCUCGAGCGCCUCCGUCAUCGAGGUCCACCAGGACGAGGUGUGGGAGCUCCCGCCGGCGGCGACGGUGCUGGCCUACUCGGAGAAGACGCGCGUGGAGGCGUUCGCGGUGGGGGAGCACGCGCUGGGCAUCCAGGGCCACCCCGAGUACACCACCGACAUCCUCCACAACCUCAUCGACCGCCUCACUGACCAGAGCGCCAUCCCGGCGAGCGUCAGCGAGGACGCGCGGCGGACGGUGGCGGAGACCGGCGGGCCGGACCGCGCGUUCUGGACGGCGCACUGCAAGGGUUUCCUAAACUGGGCACGGCGGAGCAGCGGCCGCCCCACGCCAGCGCAGGAACCCGCGCCGGAGGUGAUGAGCAACCGCGCCAUAGUCGCCGGCUGCUUCACCGCCGGCGCCGCUCCGAUGGUCCAGUUGGCUUGCAGCGCUAGUACGAGUCAGGGUUAACCAUUUCGUUUUCCGGUGAAAUCCCGGUGAUCGGCGGAAACAGAAUUCCGUUCCGGAAUUUCGGCGAAUUUCGGCGAAUUUCGAACGAAAUUUGUUGAAUUUUGAAUUUUGAAACGAAAUAUAUCGAAAAAUACC